AUGUCGGCCACGACCACCAAGCCGAUUCUGAUCUCGGGCGCUGGCCUGGCGUCACUCCUCCUGGCCCAGUCUCUGCGGCUGUCCAAGAUCCCCUUUCUGAUCUUUGAGCGCGAUGCAUCGUUCGUCUUCCGCGCGCAGGGCUACCGGCUACGUCUGUCGUCCGAGGGCCUCGACGCGAUCGAGUCCGUCCUGGAACCGAAGCACUUUGAGCGGUUCUGGGACGUCUGCGGCAAGACCGGCGGCAGCGGGUUCCUGACCCUCGACGCCAUCACCGGCGAGGAGACCAGCCGGUCGGCGCCCAUGUCGCUCAACUCCCGCGGGGGCCAGGUCGUCGGCGUGGCGCGGGGCGACAUGCGCCGGGUCUUCGCCGAGGGCUGCGAGGAGUUCAUCCACUGGAACAAGCGCGUGACGGGCUACGAGCUCACGACGGGAGACGGCGGCGGCGGCGUCGUGGCCCUCUUCUCGGACGGCACGCGGUCCGCCGAGGGCUCGAUGCUCGUCGGCGGCGAGGGCAUCUACUCGCGCGUCGCGAAGCAGGUCUCGGGCGGGCGGCUCAAGGUCUACGACACGGGCGCGCGGGGCAUCCACGGGCAGGCGCCGAGCGCGGCCUUUGCGGGCCUCGGCGAGGGCGUCUUCCGGCUCGUCGACGCCUCGCGCCCGGGCGCCACCGUCUCCGUCAUCACCAACGUGCGCUCGCGCGACAUGCACGACCCGGGCGUCCGCUUCGGCUGGACGAUGGGCGGGCACCCGGGCGCCAUCCGCGCGCCCAACGACGACUACACCAUCGUCGGCGCGCAGGCGGCGGACCUGGCCCGGUCGUUCGUCGGCGGCUGGCACCCGCGCUUCCGCCCGCUCUUCGACGAGAUGGUCGAGUCCGAGGCGGCCUUCUGGAAGAUCACCUGCUCCACCCCGUCGGGCGUGCCCGAGUGGCCCAGCGACCCGCGCGUGACGGUCAUCGGCGACGCCGCGCACUCGAUGACCCCCGCGGGCGGGCUCGGCGCCAACACGGCGGUGCGGGACUCGGCGCUGCUGGGCAGGCUGCUGCGCGAGGCCGGAGGGUACGCGCCUGGCGUCACGGCUGCGUACGAGAAGGAGAUGAGGGUGUAUGCCAGCCAGGCCGUGGCGCAGAGCUACGCUACGGGCAAGAAGUCGUACGGCUUCAACAUAGACGAGGAGACGAGCCCUACUGUCUGA